UUAUGUUUGCUUGUUUGGUAGUAGAUGAGGGAAAUUGAUUGGGUGCACGUGGUGUAUUUGCUAACUGUGAACGUGCGGUGUACUUUUUUUUUUUUUAUAUUUAUUCUGUGGAGGAAAAGUAACUAGGACUCGUGUUCUUCCUUUUUGUGUGACACAUCAUUGAUUAAUAUGCUGAGGAAUACUUCCAUUUUUUUUAAUGACUGGUGUUUCGCUAGAAAGUACACGAGUCUUGAGAAGAAUGUAAACAGAAGACUAUUUGAAGCGUUGUUCAUUCGGCUUCGACCUUGCAGUUUAUGCGGAUGUGUUCUUCGAUGGAAAUCAGAUGAACCUGAGGAACAUCGUAAGAGAAAGCGACGCAUCACUCAAUCUGAGGAAAUAAGUAAUUACUUUCAGACAAAGGAAUCUCUUCGGAAUGUACUGAAAGAUGUUCCGGGGAAAAUUUUAAAAAUGCGGAGAAAAAUUCCAGAAGCAUUGUAUCUUGUUGAUGACGAUGUCGCCGAUGAGAUAGUGACAACCAUUAACAAAGAAGUUGAAAGCUUAAACUCACCAAUAAUAGAAGCAAAUCCAGGACUUGGACUUAUAACUAAAAGAUUGCUUAAUUGUGGUGCACAAAACUUGCAGUUAUAUGAAUCCAGUGCUGAGUUUAAAGCUCGUUUGCAGGCCAUUGAAGAAGAAAACAGGAGUCGAGUAACACUUUACUCAGCAGAUAUUUUAGAUCUUGCAAAGUUCAAAUUUCAAGACAAAAUGGACAGUGGUAGCAGAGUUGAAACUAUUAUAAAACGUGUCCCUGCAAGAAGUUGGAAUGACGACAUAGCAUUCAGAGUGGUCGGUGUGCUGCCAUCAUUUGGUUUCUUGAAGUACCUAAUGCUGAGUCACAUACUGCAGAGUGGUCUCAUGCUGCAAGGUCGGCCGGAGCUUUAUGUCGUCAUUAGUCCAACCCUCUACCAUCACCUCACAUGUAACAGCAAAGCAAGUUAUCGAUAUUAUCGUUCUACAACCGUUAUCUUUCAACUCAUCUUUGAAGCAAUGCUUUUAUCAAAGGUGCCACGAAAAGCCUUUUUCCCUUGGAUAACUAGGAAUAUGGGGAAGAAGAAGUUGGAUGAGUUCAAAGCAGCAGAGGAAGAAUACAUGUACCUUGUAAAAAUAGUGGCACGCAAAGAUUUCUUUGAAAAGGUAGUUCCAGUGGAGCAUCUGCAGCCCCUUUGGUACUUCUUACGAACACACAUGAUGAGUCGCCGCAACAGGAUUGUGCCACAACUCGAGCAAUGGAUUCCUGGUUGUGGGCCUCGCCUAAUAAUCAAGGGUAGAAGUAUAUUCGACCAGUUUGGUGAUUUAAACCCACCUGAACUGUUAUCAUUAUUUAAGGAAUUUAUUAGUUGGCCUGAGUUUUAUCAGAGUAAUUUCUUGUCGUCCAUGGAAACAAAUUUCAUGAAGACAGAACUGAUGUCAGAUGAAGUUGAUAGCUCAUCACACUACCCUGCUGAUGGAGAUGCUGAACCUGAACCUGAACCUGAUGCUGAUACCGUGUUACAGUGUGAAGAAACAUAGUGUGAAGUUAUGUUAUACUUACAGUGUUCAUUGUAUUUCAUGAUUGUACACAGAACCCUAGAGAUCAAAUGUAUCUUUUUAAUAAAAGAAGUGGAAGAAAUGUAAAUUUGCUGUUGUACAGCACAAAAAAUUAAAAAAUAAAAAUUAU